CGAGGUGUUCAUUCACGCGGCGACAGUCUAACGAGUCGGUUGUGUCCGCGCCGUUCCGUAUAUCGUAUUACCCUUGGUCCACAAUCUUGCUUUAAGUAAGCUCUUAUUUAAAGCAAGAUUGUGGACCAGGGGUUAUUCUUUCUUAAUACGCGUUCAUGACAAGUGCGGGAAGUAACCGCGAUCGCUCUCCGCGAUUAAUCAGUGAUCAAUAUCGCCGUGUCGUCGCUGAAUCCUCCAGAUUUACCAUCGAUGCUCAGUUAACCGGCGAGACAGCCAACUGGCAACACUGACCUGCACCUGCCCCGCACUCGAGCCCUGUCGUCCUCUCUCUCUCUCUCACCAACGCCCGAACGUACGCGCGUCUCGCUCCGAGUGGCAGAGGCGAGUGCAAGAGAAACAAACGGACUCGACAACGAGACGAAUUCAAAUACGAGCACAAGAGGGAGGACAACGCGCUCUCCCUCUUUAUGUUUACGAGAGCUGUCGGCUGGAAGACUGACCGGUGUAAAUAAUAUCCUCCGUGACGUUCACACGACGGAUUUGGUGAAUUGUCGCAAAUAAAGAACUUACUCCGUAAAAGCAUAUUGCAACAUUUGCAGAUCCAGCGCGUUUUCCAGUGGCGGAAUCGUCAUGAGAGAGAGUGCAAAUAAUUUCACGUGGACUCGCCAGCUCGAGUGUCCGCCGACAGUGUACAAUGAUUCAGUGAGGAAAAUAUUGUGCAAGGGCGUACUGGAGCUACUCUGGGAGGUCAUUUCCAACUCUGCGUUCCCUGUGGCUGAGGCGUGCGAGAUAAGGAAGGGCCUUCUGCUGUACAAACUGAAACAUGUGUUGAAGGACGCUAAAAUUUCGUCCGUGAGGAAUUUGAAUCAGUUGAGGCUCAAAAGCGACGCACUGGAACAGCAGAUAUCCGCGCUGGAAGAGGAAUACGAGGAGCAGGACUAUACUGUCAGGCAAAAAGUGCACCAUUUGAAGAAUGUGAAGAGCAAGCGGUCGACGACCGGCACGAGGAAGGAUAUGCUCAAACUGAAGUGUAGCGAGACCAGCAAGCAGAUGAAGGACUACAACGACAUGAGGCGAGUGUACCAGCAUUUAAUGCCAAACGCUUCCAAGGACGUGGAUCAGCAGAGACUGAGGCAGGCCCUGGACGUCGUAACGAACCUGCGCCGUUCAGCCGCAGAUAGGAAACAAAUCUGGACAAAGAUGUCGAGUACUCUCGGUGGUAUCGACGUACACACACUGUGGACGCACUUGUGUCAAGCGCUGUCGCAAGAUGUUGACACGUUAAAGAAACUGGAGGCCGAGAGCGACCAGCUCGUCGGUACGAGCGUAGUCGGCGAAAACAAGGACAUUGGUAUCGCGAGAGCGUGUGGCCAGCACAUAGCCAUGGCUUCGAAAUCCAUUCUGUCUAGUACUAAAGCUAACAUGUGCCAAGAACAUUUAGUAGAGUUCAUCCAUCUGAUAGAGUCGUUGUCUAACGAAGACAUGAGUGUGUGGCUGGCUUUGAAAUUGGAAGUGAGAAAGUUGGACACCAACCAGGCGUACCUGCAAAGCGAGAUUCGGAAAUUGAAGGGCAUCAUCCAGGAGAACGCCUCGCACAAUCACGACUUGGCUCGAUUGAAGUCCGACAUAGAGACGAUUGACGCGCAGACGGAGAAAUAUAUCAAGGACAUUCAGCAAUCCAUAGCAAUUUUGAACUCUAUGCCGACGCUGGUAUUUAACCAGAAGGAGAAGCUGCAUUGUGAACUGCAGAAGAUAGUCGCGCUGCAGGCCGACAAUUACGACGCGAGUUGCGUGAACAAGCCGUUGAACAUCGAACUGGAUAUAUUUCACAACACCUUGGAUCUCGGUGCUUUACGGAGCGUAAUGUUGAAGGGAGAUGUGGGACUGUACAGACACGCAGCCCGUGGUCUCGACAAUGUCUCCAUCGCCGCAGUCAAUCCGCAAUGCAAGAGGAUCAAGCCUCACUUCCCAAUAAUACAAAUACCGAUGUACGCCCUCAUAGAAUGCUAUAGAAACGCGAUUACCAAUAUAGUUUACACGAAGCUACAUUGCUCGCCGUCAACUGACGAGCCCGAGUGCGCGGUCAAGUUGGUGCCGUCGCGAGAAAAGUGCAAUUACAAUAGUCUGGAGCUGCUGAAUCUCGCUAAGGACGUUUGCGAUCAGGCGCGCGAGGAGAUCAAGCGCUCCAAUGUUAUCCUGAGUGCUUGGACGAACCAAGAUGUGCAAGAAGCAAUGGCGCUCGACGAAACGACCGUGGACGGCGUGUCCUUUAAGGAUUGGCUGCAGCGUUACACUUUAUUAUUGUACAUGAUACAGAAUAGCAAAUGAUCCACACAUUGUGGUCCUUCGCCGUGUAUCUGUGUACGAUAUUGUUAUAUGCCCGAAGAAUGUUGGCGUGUAUAUAUUAUAUACUUUUCUACCGCAGGGGCAAUGGCUCAGAAGUACACGGGCAUAGUAAAUAGACUUAUAUUUCUCGCAAAAAUACAUCACGUAAUACACGUUAACCAAUCGUAUGAUUAAUAAAUUUCGGUUACAGUACGACGUAAAAA